UAGCCUACCUCACUCUCUGCCUCUGCGCAUCAUUGAAGGGGGAGUUUGGCCGCCGCUCUCCUCGGCCAGUCUCUCCGCCUGGCUGGUUAAUAAUAACACUUCCGCCCCUGCGUUACUCCGUCACCUUUCUCUCUUGUUUUAGCCCUGUGUGUCCGACACCGGCCGCUGAAAGCGAACGCCUCGCCCCCCCGGCGUUAGAUGAGAUACAGGGGGAUGCCAGGCGCGUUUAUCUUCUCCUAACUGGGAAACAACGCACAGGGGGGGGGAAGCGUUGGAGGACUGAAACACAGCCAGCCGUGAUUCAUGGACGCAGCGCACCGCGCAUCACGAUGAUACAGCUACUGACAACAAGGGAGGACCUGGCAUAGGCAUCUCUGGCUAGAUGAAGUGGUUCAGCCAUGCAAUGUUCCUGGAAGUCAGUGAUUCUACUGGCCUUGGCCUCCAUUGCCAUCCAGUACACAGCCAUCCGGACUCUCACCUCCAAGCCUUUCCAGCUGUGCCCGCUGCCCAGCCCCCAGAACUGCGGUCUCGGGGCUCAGGAGACAGAUCCCUCCUUUGAGCGGGGAACAGCAGGUGGGGCUGGCUGUGAUGACUACCCUUACUUUUCCAUCAAUGCCACCCGUAAACUUCACAUACUGGUCCUAGCCACAACACGCAGUGGCUCCUCCUUUGUUGGCCAGCUGCUGAAUCAGCACCAGGAGAUAUUUUACCUGUUUGAGCCUCUUUAUCAUGUUUAUACCACGCUGGUCCCACGUCAGUCACACACCCGUAACCCUACAGACCGCCGCGUGACGCUGGGUGCCAGUCGAGACCUCUUGCGCAGCCUGUAUGGUUGCGACCUCUAUUUUCUAGAAAAUUACAUAAAACCCACCCCCACUAACCACACUACGGACAAACUUUUCCGUCGCGGUGCCAGCCGAGCGUUAUGCCAGCAACCUGUCUGUGAUGCUUUUGGUCCAGGGGAUGUUAAUGUGGAAGAGGGAGACUGCGUGAAGAAAUGCUCAACCUUAAACAUGACUUUAGCAACGGAGGCCUGUCAGGAGAAGAAACACGUGGCAAUCAAAGUUGUGCGAGUGCCCGAAAUCGGAGAUCUGCGGGCUCUGGUUGAAGACCCCCGGCUUAAUAUCAAAGUCAUUCAGCUCGUAAGAGACCCACGUGGUAUCCUGUCGUCGCGGAUCGAGACAUUCAGGGACCCGUACCGUUUGUGGCGCAUUUGGCGGGCCACAGGGAGAAAACCCUAUAAUCUAGACAUGAACCAGCUCACAGUUAUCUGCGAAGACUUUUUUGGUUCAGUGUCAACUGGUCUUAGUCAUCCUUACUGGCUGAAAGGAAAGUACAUGUUGGUUCGAUAUGAGGAUUUGGCUCGAAAUCCACUUCUAAAGACUCAGGAGAUUUACGACUUUCUUGGGCUGCAUAUGGAUAAAAAUGUGAAACACUGGAUACACGUAAAUACCCGAGGAAGCAAUGAACCUUCGGCAAAACACAAGUUUGGAACAGUAAGGGACUCAGCGGCUAAUGCAGAGAGUUGGCGUUUGAAACUGUCUUAUGACAUUGUAGAAUUCACACAAACUAUGUGUCAAAAAGUACUAAAGCAGCUGGGAUACAAGGCUGUGAAAUCUGUAGAGGAACUCAAAAAUUUGUCCUUCUCUCUAGUACAGGACAAAACCUUUGUACCUUUUUUGUAACAAAGAUAGUUCUCUAAUAACUAUUUUUGAUAUAUUUAUAUUGUUGCCUUAUAAGUUCCUCGGUUUGUUUCAUUUCUUAUGUGAUUUUGUUCCAUUAAAUUUGCACUAAAUUUAGAAAGAUGUUUGAAUGCACCAAGUGAAGUAUUGAUAAGUGAUUCAGAACCACACAUUGUAAACACAUCGAAUGAGCUACUUUGCAAAUUCAAAAUUAUUUUCCCAUGAGUGGAAUCUUUUCAAGCCGCUAUCUCUGUUAUGUUCCUGUGUGAAAAAAGUGUAAUUUCGGCAAAACCUAAACAUUUUGUCCACUACAAAAAUGGGAAUCAGGAAGGACUCCGUAAGGCAUACAUGUUUUUCUUUAAGACCUGUUAUGGCAAACUUUAACUGUACAAGCUCUACUGUGCAAUAAAUAGUGAAUGUCGCAGUCAACCUUUAUCACUGUGGCAUUUUUAUCUAUGUGGGAACAGGAGAGAUACCUCUUGACAGACGUCAUGCUUGCAAAGGAUAAUUGCAGACAAUUAAUAGGCUCUCAAGUGAAAGGGACAGAAUCCCAUUGGAGGUCACGAGCAUCUCAUCUGAGGGUUUUACAACCAUCUGUGAGAGACAAACACACAAAGAAAAGGGAGUACUAAAAUCUUUGUUAUGGAAUCUAUUUGUUUUCAAAAUGAUUAUAAUAUUAAAGAUGAAUGUAGACCGUAAAUGUUCCAAUGCAAGUAGAAUUUGAAGCAGCAUAAAAAGGGCCAUUGAUUACUGUUUUGUAUUUUCCAAUUUUCUGUUUUUGUUACAUUUAAUUCACAUCUUGUCUGGCAAGUGUUUACAGUUUUUGUAACACUAUUAUCUUUCUGUGGAUUUCUGUCAGUUGAAAACUAUAUCAUUUCCUUCUUUUUAUGCCGCCUUGUAAGCAGGGAUUACAUUGCAACUGACACAGCAGAGCAAACAGACCCUAUGCAUUCUUUGUUCAACCAAAAAGCACAGCUUUUUUGACACGUUACAUUUCUGCUGUGUUUCUUAGUAGAGCACGUUGCACGGGAGAUUUAAGUGUUUCCAGGAUGUGCGUUUGACUAACGUUGUACAACACAGCCACUUUUCCGAAGUGACAUCUACAUUAGAUCAUAUACAAAGAGCAUUACACUAAUGGCUGUCCAUAAUCUGGGACAAAUGCUUUGAUCAUUAGUGCAGCUGGUGAGCAGUUUUAACCAAGCAGAGUUAAUGGAUGAAGCUCAAGGCUGAAAUACAGGACACAACAGUUACAUAAAUGAAAGUGUCAGUCUUUCCUCAAGCGUGCUAAGAUAAUACUAAACAACAACGACAGCCACCAAGUCUUAUGGAAAAUGUAACUUAAUUAAAUCUAUUUCUGAAGAGAAACAAAGAUCUAAUUCCAGCUUCAAUCACUUUCUUAAAGUCAAGAACAAAAUUAGGAUAAAAUAGUUAGCACAGUGGUUUCAUUUAAAUUAAAACAUAGCGUAAGCUGUUGGGUAUUGAUGGUGUCUGCAGUCAUUAAUGCUUCAAAAUAUACAGUUAGCUCCUCCAACUGGUGAAAAUCUCUGUGCUUGGUUUGCACAUUAAAUUUGCAUUUUAAGUCAUGUUAUUUUAGCAGCGGCUUGUUUGGUAAAUUGCCUUCCCACUUAGCGUUCAUGCUGCAAAUUGUACUUCAUAAUCUCCCUCUGCUAUUGUAGAGGCUUAAAAUCUACGGCGGUUCCGAUUGCAUUGCACAUAAGCUGGCAAGAAUAUAAGCACAAUGUCUGAAGCUGCACCUAUAAAUUGCUAAAUAAACACCUUUUAGUGUGAUGUUGGUAGAGGCAUUGGCUAAUUAAAAACUGGUGUACAUAUGCUACGCAGAAAAAAAUAAAACAGGUUAUUUUAGGGCAAAAGCAUAAUUGAUUGUUGAUUUCCAUUUUUUUAAUGCCAGUGAAGAAAUACUUGCAUAUUUUUGAAAGGUAGAAAAGCCAUUGAAUUUUUUUUUUUUUUUUUUGUUUUUUUGCUUUUAGAAAAAAUUGAUUCCUACAAAGUUAACUCAGUCCAGAUUCUAUUUAUUUGCACACAAUGACCACUUGUUUUCCCAUAAGAUAUAAACCCUGUGAAUGGAGCAUCACACGCCCGGGCUCAUCAGUAUUGGUGACCGGAUGUCCAUUGAGAUGCAGAGCACAAACCUUUGAUCCUCCUCUGUUCUGAGACUGGAGGCAAACUCUCCCCGUUCCUCUCUUCCAGCGCAUUCUCUGCCAUCUACUUCUUUCUUUUUUUACCAACAUCUCAGGGGAUUGUUCCUGUGCUUCAGUGCUCUCUGUCUUUUUUUUCCUCUCUCUUUACCUUGGAAGUUUCUGAAUGUGUUUAGAAUACUUUUAAUUUCAUACUUAAAAAGAGGCUGCAGAGAUGGAAAAUUGUGUACUUAUCUUUCGAGCAGUUAAGGAAUGUAUUGAAAGUGAUGGAAACAAUCAUUUUGCCAGGGGAGUAAGAUAAGGGCGCUAAUAAAUGUGCUACUUUUCAACUAACAUUUAGCUCUAGUUUGCUUUCAUACACUUAAUGUUCCACCAGUCUCUAACCCAUCAAAGAUUUUAACGUAAUUUUUUUUAAUUUAAAUUUGUUUGGCAUAUAGUUUGCUAAAUUACCCGCACCCAAACACAACUAUAAACAGACAAAACACAUGGACAGUUGCCCCUGACUUACAGAAACUUUUUUUCCACAGUUUUACACCUUUGUAGUCUGAUCAAAUGUUCUUUAAUGAGUUUAAACUGAUUUUAAAUUACAUAAGCAAAAUCAACAUUUGGAAGCUUAAUAUUUGCAGUCAUUUGCGCAUGCUUAGCUGUGCUUAAUAUAAAACAGACUUAUUUUGAGAAGCAAUACGAAGCUGAAUAGGUAAAAGCUACAUGUUACUAGUUAACUUGCAGAGCGCAGUUCUUGCACAUGCCCGACUCCCCACACAGUCUGCAGCAUGCUUCCCAUGUGCCGGUGUUUUGGUACAUCUCUGAGCUCUUGCUGAACCCUCAUGUUGUUUUUUUUUCUUUUCUUGCAUCCCGGGACUGACCAUAUGGUUCACAAGCUUCUGGGAAAAAUGACAGAAAAGUAUUUUCUCUUCCUCCUGUUUUAUUCCUUUACCCCCUUAAUGUGACUCAAAAUAAUUUGACCUUAUGACUGUAGAGCAGAGCGAUAUCUGCUUCUCUGCACCGGGCGUUUUCUAAACUGUGCUGUCAGAACAGAUGCUGGCUAUUACAUAAAAGUGAAUUCAGAGAAUCUUAAGAGUGCAGAAGUUGCUGUUAGUGAUGAUGUCAGCCUUGGGUGUUUUCAGAUGAAAAUCUGCUGCCUACGCAAUUUUUCUUUUGUCUGUGUUUGCCUCAGUCCAUGAGUGUUGGUUGUUUUGUGCUGCCACUUAGCAGGAAGCAGUCGUGGUGCAAAGUGAAAAGCCCACUGAACUGUACAAAUCAGCUAAAUUGUGCUGCCUACACGUGUCGCUGUUGCUGAGGCCGAUGUGCAUUUUUGUGCCCUGACAAGUACACAUCAUCCCAGGACAACAACAGAUCACCUUGCUGCGAAAGAUAGGUGAUGAUGUUCAGCUCUGCACAUGAGCAGCGCUAGAUGCAGCUUGCAUAAAUGACUACAAUUUUUUUUUUUUUACUUUUAAUUUUUGGACAGACCUAAGCAGAUCCAUGAAAUGUAUUCACUUAAAAAUCAUGGGGACUUUUGGUUCAGGUUUUGUGCACAAGCUGUCAACCAAGCUCUUAUUUAAUUGCUGGUAAAAUGACAGUGGGGGGGGGGGUUGGCAAGUGCGGCUUUGCAAAAAAAUUAUUCAAGCACUUAAAAUUAUGUUGUCAGCAGGUCAGCGCAAUAGAGGCAUAGCAACCAGGUCAUUAUGUAGUUAUAGACCCAGAACACCAUGUUGGGUGUAAUGGGACAAACUGCUUUUGAAUGAAAAAAAGGG